GCAGGUUUAUGUAUAAUGGAGAAGUACACAUAGGCCAAGAACAAUUAACCGAUUUUUUAAAGACUGCACAAAUGCUAGAAGUCAGGGGUUUAGCAGAUGUUUCGGCGGGUACAAGAAUCGUUGCUGGAUCUGACGAUAAAAUAUCACCCAAUUCGACGUCACUGAAUUGGGGUCCGGACAAUCCAGAUUCUCUUAGAUCGAGUGGGUUAUCUCCUCCUCCUAUGAAACGAUCCAGGAGUUCAGAUCAAAUACGAAGAUCGUACAACAGUCCAGAGAGAGGGAGAAGUCCUUCGAGAGGGAAUAAUAACAAUGGUGAUAUGCGAGAAUCUCUACUUGGUCAAGCUCUUGAAGCUGGGCCGACUGUACAUACUAGUGCAAGUAAGGGCCAAUCCGAUUCUUCCCUACAAGCCCAAUCGACGGGCGAAGAAAGCAAUAGUAGUGAUACAGCCAUGAGCGACCAUGGCGAUCGAGUAACUCCAAAGACUGAACCUUCCGAUUAUCCAAUGUUGGAUGAUCAACACCCAUAUAACACCAACGGAGGUCUUAUGGAUCAACACAGAGCACCAUCGUUUCCCGGUGCACUGUUAGGUCUUCAAGGAUUACAAGGACUGAUUCCUGGACCUUCAGGCAUGCACAGUAGUUCUCCAGAAAGUUUUGGUAAGUUCCUAUCAAAUUUUUUUAUAUGAUAAUUUUAUUU